CACGACACUCCACAGGCAUAAUGGAGCUGGCUUCAGCGUCCCAGUGUGUUCGUCGGGAGGGUGUGCGAUGCCUUAGGAUUGGGGCAUAUUAACGCUGACCGAUGUACGAGCCGUCCUACACCGCUCAAGACAGCGCGCUGCUCCCAUCCCAGUGGCUUAAGUGAAUAGGCGUGCCCAACCAAAGUAUUCGAUGUAUAGUUAAAAAAUGGGAGGGCACACUUGAACCGAGGUCGUCUGUGAAGGUAGGCUGCAGCGUGUGUUUAUUGAUGAGAUGAAAGAAGAUGGAAGUGAGAAAUGAAACAAAGUAAAGGAACAUAAUUUAAACUAGGCUUUGCUUUGUCGGGCAAACCGGGGACAGCUGUGGCACGCCGUCGCCGCUAUUGAACGAGCUUCGGACCGCAGAUGAUUUGGACGAAGAGGAGCCGCCGGAGCACCUAGCCGUGCCCCCUGACCCGCCACACCUCCGCCACCAGCAAACCUGAAGCCUUCUCCCGCUUCACACACACCUCCUCUCCCACACAACAUUAUCUGGCUGUGACACCAGUUGCAAGGGGAUGACCGAGCGUAUUCAUAACAUCAACCUCCACAACUUCAGCAACUCUGUACUCGAGACCCUCAAUGAGCAGCGGAACCGCGGGCACUUCUGUGACGUGACGGUGCGGAUCCAUGGCAGUAUGCUGCGCGCUCACCGCUGCGUGCUGGCCGCCGGCAGCCCCUUCUUCCAGGACAAGCUGCUCCUGGGCUACAGCGACAUCGAGAUCCCCUCCGUGGUGUCGGUGCAGUCCGUUCAGAAGCUGAUCGACUUCAUGUACAGCGGGCUGCUGCGCGUGUCGCAGUCGGAGGCGCUGCAGAUCCUGACGGCGGCCAGCAUCCUGCAGAUCAAGACGGUCAUCGACGAGUGCACGCGCAUCGUCUCCCAGAACGUGGGCCUGACCGGGGCCGGGGGGUUUCCCCUGAUCCCGGGCGACUCGGGCCAGGAGACCCCGCUCGGCACCCCGGAGUCGGGCACGUCGGGCCCCAGCAGUGACGCCGAGUCCGGUUAUAUGCAAGCCACGUCGCAGCACAGCGCCUACUCGCUCUACUCCUACCCGGGGCUGUCCCUGCCCAACGGCACGGCCCGCGAGCGCCCGCCCUUCGUCACCAACCUGGCCUCCAACUUCGAGGCGACGGCGGGGGGCGGGGCCGGGCUGGGGGCGGGGCCGCAGCAGCAGCAGCAGCAGAAGGACCAGCAGGCCCAGGACCCGCCCUGGAUCACCCGCAUCCACGAGCGGUCCCAGCAGAUGGAGCGCUUCCUGUCCAACGAGAGCAGCACCCACUGCCGCAAGCAGCCGCGGCCGGUGCGCAUGCACAUCAAGCAGGAGGCGGAGGACGUCGGCUACGACCGCUACGACGGCGUGGGCGAGUGCGGCCAGGAGGACGGCGAGGCGGCCGAGGGCCCCGAGAGCGAGCCCAAGGGCGAGAGCUUCGACUCGGGCGUGAGCUCGUCCAUCGGCACCGAGCCCGACGCCAUGGAGCAGCAGCAGUACCUGAUGAGCUACGGCCGCGAGGCGGGCGAGCUGCCCCACGGGGGGGACGAGGGCCCCGUGCAGAUCGAGGUGGACGACUCGUCCCCGGAGCAGGGCGGGGACGAGGACGGAGGCUCCUGCCACAGCACUAGUGAAGCGAGCAUGAUGCAGCCCCUGGGGAACCCCGCGUCCGGCCAGUCCCUGUCCGGCACGCCGCAAUACCUGCGGCAGGGUGCAGAAUCUCUCACCAGCAACCAUAGGAUGCCCCUCACCAUGACCAGCAACUCCCCGGUGAUCGGGCCGGCUGGCAACGGCUACCUGCCCCUGUUCGGCGGUCAGUCGGCCAGCAACAAGCCUUUCUUAUUCAGCCUUCCACAGAACAUCGUCGGCCCGCAGCCUCAGUUUGUGGCCGUGCCGCCGCCGACGAUGACGUCGUUCCCCAACCCCCUGUCGGGACAGCAGCAGGUGUCCUCCCAGCAGCAGCAAGCGGCUGGCGGGAUCGGCCCCGGGGAGAAGAAGCCCUACGAGUGCACUCUAUGCAGUAAGACCUUUACUGCCAAACAGAACUACGUCAAACACAUGUUUGUCCAUACCGGCGAGAAGCCCCACCAGUGUAGUAUCUGCUGGCGGUCCUUCUCCCUGAAGGACUACCUGAUCAAACACAUGGUGACGCACACGGGCGUGCGCGCCUACCAGUGCAGCAUCUGCAACAAGCGCUUCACGCAGAAGAGCUCGCUCAACGUGCACAUGCGCCUUCACCGCGGCGAGAAGAGCUACGAGUGCUACAUCUGCAAGAAGAAGUUCUCCCACAAAACCCUGCUGGAGCGCCACAUGGCGCUGCACAGCACGGGCGCCGCCGCCGUCACCGCCCUGUGCGGCUCCCCCGUCGGCCCCACGGGGCCCAUCUCCAUCCCCAUGCCCAUGGUCGUCGCCGAGCCGGGGGCCGGGGUGGCGGCCCCCGCCAUGCCGGUGAGUGCCGGCGUGGGGGGCGGAGUGGGUCUGGGCGUGGCCGCGGAGGCCGGCUGCCAGGACGGGACCACCUACGUAUGCUCCAUCUGCCCCGCCAAGUUUGACCAAAUGGAUCACUUCAACGACCACGUGCGCAUGCACGUCUCCGACGGAUAAGUACAACGACAAAAAAAUUUACAAAAAAAAAAAGAUGAAAAAAUACUUUUUUUUUCUCGAGAGAAAAAAAAAAGAAUGAGAAAUUUAAAUGGCACUAGAUUUUUCCUUUUUUCGUUUGUUCUUUUGGGGGUAUGAAGAGUAAUGAGUAGAGACACUGGCACGUUGAGUUCCCAAAAAAUGUUUUUUUUUUUUCUUUUCUUCUCUUUUCUUUGUUUGUUAUUCUAAAAGAAAACAGAUUGGUGGCCUUAAGGCUUAGUAGUUUGAAACUGAUCUACUGGAUGGAUCCAACUACAGGCCUCUAAAUGUGUGCUUUCCUAAAAUACUGAUUAUGUGUUGAACACUACCGAAAGGCCUACACGAGAAACACAUUACACACAAACACACAUAUAAUGUAGAUAUGUUUGUAGGAGUAUACAAGUGCAUAUGUAUGUGUGUGUGUGCGUGUGUGUAUUUUGCAUAUGCGUCUAUGUGGUCGUUUGCGUGUGUGUAUCUGUGUGUGUGUGUGUGUGCUCGCGCGCGCGCCCGUGUGCGCCCGUGCGUGUGUGUGUGUGUAUGUGUGUGUGUGUGCUUGUGUGUGUGUGUACGUGUGCAUUGCCAUGAAAUGUUUACCAUGGCAGAUGUGAGCCCAUAUUGACCAGUUUGGAACAUGAAUAAGUCCAAGCUUACUGUGGUAUAAUUUACAACAACGACGACAGCAAACACACACACAUCUGGGUUAGGCUUCAUAUUCCCUCUAAAAUACUGAUGGUCACAAGGUUGCCUUCUUAUGUAAAAUAAAAAAAACAAAAAACAAACACAGAGAGUACUUUAAUUUGACACUGGGUUUAUUUAUUCCCAUGGUUUUUAAGGGAUGACAAUGACGCUGUUGUCAAGGUACCAGUUUGACUCAUUUUAAUUGAAAUGCCAUGUUCCUGUUAGCAGUCACAGGGGUUUCGCACAUGGUUUUAUUGUCCAUAAAUCUUGAUGGCUAAGAAAGGUUGAGUUUACUCAAUUUCGAGUGCGUUGAUGAGACAGUAAUCGAUCAAAGGUCAUUAACACUUUGGAGUUUGAGCUUUUGACUUGUUCGCAUACACUGCCACUAAUAUCUUUAAAGACUGUUAAGGCUGGUAGACCACUUCAUUUCAAAUCCUAGCAUAUAAAAAAAAAAAAAUAGCCAGAUGUUUUUUCCGGCUUUUUUUUUUUUUUGGGCCUUUUACACUCAGAGUUAGGGCUUGAGUAUGCUGAACGAAACUCCUCCUCUCUUACCGCUCGCAUCUUUCACCCCACUGGUAAACCAUUGGUGAUUAAGGUGUUAUCAAGGGUAGCCCAGUCAUGUGGCUGCAAUUUUGGAAUCAAAUUAUAUCUGAACAGUGUUCAAGCAAGGCUUUCUUUAGGAGGGUACAGAGGGAAUAAUAUCUAUCAAACCUGUAAAAAAAAAAAAAAACUGAACAAAAAUGCCGUCCUACUUCCUUCCUGGAAUCUAUGUACAACCUGUUCCCAGGUAGAAACUACAAUCCCUUUUUUUUUCUCUUGAUGCACAGCACCACCUAGUGGCACAAAUGGCAUGCAACAUUUCUGAAAGGAAAUACAGUCACAAAUCAAGUACAACCACCAAUGUCACCGGUAUGCUGGUCAAAGGAUUCAAAGAAUUGAAGUGUACAUUCCUUAUUUCCGUUUAAAGUCAAACAAUCAAACAGACCCAGAAGUGGUCGUUUUAAAAAUAGUUUAGAGGAGAAAUGUGUCAAUCAAGCAUGAGGUGACCGUGGUUUCCCUAUUAUUUAAUUCAUUUGGUUUUCUUUCUAAAUCAGAAACAGGAGCCACAUACAACUGCUCGUAUCCUCUCCCUGCCGGAUAUAUCGCGCGUUGGCGGUUGUAUUGUGAUAAUAUAACGACCCACACACGGCUCCAAGCUGUAAGGUCCUCUUUUUUUAAGUGCUACUUUGCACAUUGUCAUUGAAUGCCUGUGCUUAAUAUGUCAUUGUUUCUGUUCCUUUGAAAUUACCCUCUACGGUUUUCAUUUAAUCAGCAGGAAAAAAAACAAUAAUUUUAAUAAGUGGACUGCAUUGUUUUCUUGCAUAUAUGUUGCACUGCCUAAACCAAUAAGUGCACUACUGUUAGCAGAGAUGUUAUAGUUCUAGCAGAAUCAGCUUUCAAUCUUAUCUUUGGUUGUAGAGAGUAGAGAGUAGAAGAGCUAUUUUUUCCUUCCUUCAAUUUAUUCAAUAAUAAGCCACCCAACAUUUAUUGGCUUUUGUAACUGCUUGCCAUCACAUAUUUACUUUCAUUUUCUGCUGUUUUUUAUUUCAUUUCAAUCUAUCACAGUGUGUCUGUAUUUCUCCUUUGAACCUUUUCAAUGAAUCUAUUAAUUCCCCCCAGUGACAAAUGUACAUACAUUAGGACAGAUUCCUAUAAAACCAUCAAAGCCAAACAAAAACAACAUCAAUAAUACAAAUAAAGACAAUAAUAAUAAUAAUAGUAUUCAUAAUAAUAAUGUAAAAAAUGAUAUGGUGUAUCCUAUGGUGUAUUUGGAAAUAUCUGGGAUGUAAUGGAAUGCAGUGUGAGACCUGUCAGUGGUAGUCGGGACCCUUCCUCUGUGUUUGUGAGUGUCCGCGUGACGUGUAGCCCAAUCCAACUGUUAAAAAGUGAAAUAUGUGUGAACUCUGUGCUUCCUUCGCAAUAUGCAGCGCCGGUACUCUAAGAAGCAGCGUUCCAAACCACCCAGGCGGAUAGAAAACAGGGCACAUGAUGUGGAUUUGAUUUCAGACUAGAUCAAAUAUUGACCUCUUGGUUAUCCCUAACCAGAGAGGCUCUGUAUCACGUUUGCUGGUGUUGCCGAGCCGCGAUUACACACUCUUGUGGCGUCGGUUUCACACUCCACAGAGUACAGUUUCAAUUCACACCACUAAAAGGGAACUGAUAUUUACUAUUGGAACAAAUGUUGUCCUAAGAGAAAGCCCGCAUUUAAGUCGCCCCAUCACUAAAUCAAAGUACACCAGAGUUCAUUAAGGAAAGAAAAUACACAUUUAGGCACUAAACCAAACCAGUUGGUUCAAUAACGAUAAAAAAGUAGCAACUAGUUUUGCCUGUGGAUAAGUAUGCCGUCUGUCGUGCGUGUGUACUGUUGGUGGUUACCAUCUGUAGCGUUGGUCGCCUGCUACUUUGUCUUUACACAGCACCACCAAGGUUUUCUCUAUUGCCUUAACAGACAAUGCACUAUAUAGAAUAUAGAAUAUAUAUAAAGCAACUGCCGGGAUAUCUCCAACCGCAUUGCUAUGGCACACUGCUCAUAUUUUGGAUUUAUUUUUGAUCUGCUCAGUACAGACUCAAGCACUGCCAAACUAACAUCGCGAUGUAUCUGAAAGCAAAGACGAAUAUACUAGUUUAGUUGUGUUAGUGAAGUGUGUGUAUUUGGUGAUCUAGCAUUCCUUCUUGGCACUUAUCUGCAUCUCGCAGUUUACCUAAAUUUGCAUAUUUUGUAUUAUACAUAUAUUAAAUGCACUAUUGACUGUAGCUAGACGCGUCUUCUUUAUAAAUCUGCUUGUUAUCAUUGUUCUUUAUAGUCGGUUAGCUUAGUUAGCUUGGCGUUGGUUUCUUUUCCGGAUUCAUGCUAUACAAAAUGUUUCUUUUUUUUUUAAAAAAGAAAACCAGUGAUCCAGAUGAGGGCUUAAUGACUGAUUCUUAUGGUCCGUCGACGUUCUGUAUUUAUUGUAAGGUGUUGAAUGGCAAACGAGGGUUAAGCGAGGAGAGCUCCUGACUUUUUAUUUUAGCUUGUGCGGCAUGACCUUCCACAUGGCGGAGACGCCACAUGUUGCUCCGUGCCCGUCGUUCUCCUCUUCUCACGUUGCUUCUGAUAGCCAUUAUUCUCGUGCUUUUAUUCAUAAUCCUCAAUGUUGCAAAUGGUCUGGCAUUUUUAAAAUGCAAAAAAAAACUUUGCAACACACCCCUUCACCACGACCAAUUUCUCAAUUGUGCUUCUGUAAUUGCUAGAUUUAAAAGAAAAAAAAGAAAAAAAAAAGUGGAGACCUUUCGUUUGUAAAGUGUAUGCUAUACAUAUAUUUUUACAGAACAAAACGUGGUAACAUAGAUAGCCUUGAGUCAGCAGCUUUUUGUAUGGUGUUUAGACGAUAUUAUUGUUUGUCUUGUGUGUGCGUGUGCGUGUGUGCGUGUGCCUGCACACAGUCCAGGGUCUACUUCGGCGUCCCUCGUGCGUUCUUCUUCUUCAUCGUUAUGCAUCUUCAUUUCCGAACCUAAUCCCGCAUUUUUCAGGCCAUCAUAUUGACUCGUCUAUUCAUAGUUGGGCGUGAUAUGAUAAGGCUACUUUAGCGGCUAAGAUGUCCUCUGUGUGUGCUCGCUCCGCACACACACAAAGUCUGUCGAGAUAAAACGAGACAGGAACACAUAAGAAGCACGGCUAGUAAGCAGAAAGGGUUUGGGUCCGUGAGGAUACGUCUGUCAUUCUCUUCAGUCUUCACACUUCAUUCACCUUUCAUCUCCAUGCAUGUACCAAGUCUCAAAGUUCAACUGUAAACUGUAACUCGUACUAAGAUGCAACUCAACUCAAUGAAUAUUCAACGACAGCUUUCUUUCCUUUGGUCCUACUUCCGUACAUACAAAUACCUAACUUCUUAUAAAUAUACGAUGUAUAUAAGACCAUCUUCACACAGAUACAGAAAUACAUUUUCAGAUAGUUAGAUAAAGAAAUACAUGCAGCUAGGUGAUACCUUCUGGGAUAUAGGGGAUACGCCUAUCAAGUGCCUAUUUAAACUAUACAACAUAUUCAUAGAUUUGCUCUCCUCCGUUGCACAAAUACAGUAUAUACACAAUGGUCUAUUGAGAUGACACUAUUUAUGCUUGACUGCUUGAAGGACGUCGUUCACCGUGGGUGUAUCCUUUCGAGAGACCCCUUUAAAAUACCCGGCAUGUUCUAUUCACAAAACAUGAUAUAUGCAGUUUAAUUUGCAGCUGGCAUUUAAUAUAUUUAUGGAGGAUUAAAAGAUUAACGGAAUUCUGGUGCUCGAUAAAAUAAAAUAAAACUGGCCUUCAUUUCUAGGUUUUAAUCAUUUAGUUUUAUUUUCUGUGAUAGGAAGAUUAUUCAAGUGAGGUUCCCUUGCUGUUUGGCAUUUAUUUGGGCAUUUGUUUUUUUAGUUCAAGUCACAUUCGACAAAGUGAAAGAGAAAGUAGCCUUGUAAAGCACAUCCAUUCUGGUACUAAAACCCAAGGCUUUACCAUCGGAAUACAUCUUGUGAAUUUAUUUUGCAUUAUUCUGUUUGGAACUUUCUCUGUCACUGGAUUUAAGCCCAUUUUACAGCUUGAAUUGUACUUCACGUGUUAUCACUAAUUGGCUGCUGAAAUUGUCUUUUUUUUUUACUACAAAUGUUGACUGGCUGUAUUGAUAAGCAAGCAUUUAGCAAUCAUACAAUCACGUCAAAGAAAUGUGUGUAAUGUUGGACGCUGAUUGAAGGCCUUGACCCCAUAAUGUCGGGUUGCCAGAAUAGGAGCACAAUCGUCCUUUUAAACUUUUAUAAUUCUUGAAUUGGAAAAUGUGGAUAACUGUUGGUAUUCAUCGCCCCUUGAAAAUAAUAGGCGCCAACAUUUUGACUACGAUAAUACACAAAAUAAUAAUAAUUGCAGUGUCACCUGUAAGGAUUGAAUUGCUCACUUUCUUCCUAAGAUAGCACAUUAAUUCCCUUAAUUUCUCUUUUACAUCCUCCCAAAAUACACAAUCUACAGAGUAAAACUAGGAGAGUAUAGCUAUGAGUGAAACUGUAAUGUUAAACAUUUAGUUUACAUAAACCUAUUUUUAAGAUAUUUAAAAAACAUAAACAGAUCACUUCAUACCGCUUGUCCCUUCCACCCAACUUCCAUACCACACUCAGACGUUUUCUUGUACAAGUUUUUGCUAAGCUACUACACACUGACCAGAAACAUGUAACAGUAGGCCUAUCCUGGAUAGCCUGGGAUAGCCUACAUGCUAUCAAAGCUAUUAAACAUCCCUAUGCUAACAGCCGCCAUGCUAACUUUUGCAGUAACACAGCUGCUAUACUUGCGGUCGGCUUUCUCAAAUACAUUUAUUAAAUAUAACAGAGGUUAACCAGCAUGUGCCACUUAUGAGUUAUACUAAAUACACCCUCUUGUCACCACACAGUUGCAUUUAAAGAGCUUUGAUUCAACUAAAUCGUUAUUUUUGUUUUGAUGGGGGAUAUAUAUUUUAAAGAGUGUCCCUUCCAGUCAAAUCAUUUUUUUCCGGUUGUGAAGAGUUUAAUUUUGGAUAUAGUUUAGCCUACGAAGACCUUACAUGUAGCCUGUUCUGUGUUUAUCGGUCGGGAUCCUACGAGAGCUAUCUGAACAUAUAGUUUUCUAAAAAUGUCAACAGAAAAAAAGCAACCCAAACUGAAAAAAGUAUACAUUCCUACGAAGCCCAGCACAUUCCAGCCCAGCUAGGUGUUCUCCAUCUUCUUCCACACUAACCCACUUAACAACCAGUCCUGAUUUCACCAGGCUCACCCCUUUUACACAUCGGUCGGCGCUCCUGCCGUAGCGAGCACUGCCCCUGCUUUUUUUCCCCAAAGUUGAGAGAGAAAAAAGGGUACCCAUAAUUUAUCUCAUACAUUUUAGGAAUAAUCAUUCUAUCAUUCUGAGAGGAGAAUAAGAUCUAAGAUCGAACAGCCAGCGAUUACAUGAUAAUUGUCAGAACAGGCAUGCAAACUUUCAAUUAAAAAAAUGUAAUGUAGCACUAGUGUUUGAGAAAAAGGUGUGGUCGUGUGCGAGAUGGGGCCAUUAGUAUCGCUAGAGGCCAUUUUAAUUGCUUGUUUGUUAUUAUUUAAAAAAUACCAAAGAAUGGUAAGAAUAUUUAGGAGAUCUGUAUUUUAGUGUUAGGGAGAAAAUGUGUCGUGUGUGUUUCCUAUUACAGUAUGGACUUGUAUAAUCUUCAAGAUUCCUAGUUGAUUUGAUUUAGUUGUGUGUGGCAGGGUGCUUGUACAGACUGCAUCUAUCUCUCUUCAUUAACUCCCAUUGGUUGGUGUCAUUGUUGUGUUACUUUCAUACGGUAGACCAAAAAAAAACAUUUUUUUAAAGAAAUGCAACAAAAAAAAGAAAAAAGAAUUGGACACAGUAGCUGGGUUUUGAGCAUUGCAUGUUAUAGUAUGUAUAAGGUUUUAAAUGUUGCAUUUUUCAAACAAGUAGUUAUAUAAGGGUUAGGUUUUUUUUCAUACUCACGUAAGCAAAAUUAAGGUAGAAAUGUUUCUAUGUUCACAUGUCUGUUUUGUGCUUUCUUUGUUAGAGACCAUUUGAGAGUUUAAAAAUACGGUUGCUCUAUUUUAAAUUCUAAAAGUGCCCCAAAUACGUUAUUCUGACAGAGAUCACGAACAAUGAAACUAUUGUUUUAGUCACGAGACGGACCAAGAUGUUACGUUUGCACAUAUUUGUAGUUUUAUUUAUCAAGCCAAAAAGGAAGAAAGACAUUUUUGACCUCCCAACUUUCAGUCUCGAAGCAUUCAAUCCGAUCGGAGCAGAAAUGCUUUUGUACUCAUCAUUUUACAAUCCUUUAAUUCUCACCAUUGACAAUUCACCACCUUGACAAACUCAAAGACAACAAAGGAAAAAAUAAAUUAAACCAAACUCAGUUUCAAUAUGAUAAAAAUGUGGUCCAAAUACACCAAGUGUGUGUCAAAACGAAAUGGAAAGAGUAUAUUUUUAUAUGAUCAACACACUCUGAAACCCAUAGCAGAAUGUAACCGAUUGACAAUACUUUACAUUUAAAUUCUUAGAGAACCUGCUGUAUAUUUUUCAUUUCUGUCUGAACUCUAUCUAAAAUUUGAAUAAGUUGGGCCAUGUUUCAUUACUUGUCGUAAAGGUCGCAUUUCUCAAUUAUUUUUAUAAGAAUGUGUGUGGUUCCGCGAAUCAGUGAUCGCACGUGUGUGUGUGUGUGUGUGUGUGUGUGUGUGUGUGUGUGUGUGUGUGUGUGUGUGUGUGUGUGUGUGUGUGUGUGUGUGUGUGCCCUCCAUCUCAAGCACUUCCCCUAUGACUUCCUGCCAUAUCUUGUAUGUAGAUGCUUUUGUAAAAAAAACUUUAUUGUAUUUGGGUUGAACUAUAAUGUGUGUGUUUUUUUUUUUUUACAUGUGGAUAAUUUGUUUAGCUUUAGCUCACCAUUUUUACUCUCUCUCCCUGAAAUACUUCUCCUAUUCAGAACAGAGCAGAAGUGGAGCAGUUGCUGUAAAGCAGACAACCAAGCAACCCUUACAGUUACACGCUGCGCUAACGUAGCUCUCCCUUCUGGCUUCAAUGUUAAUUUAAAAAUACAAGUUGGUUUAUUAUUAUUAUUAAUAAUAUUAUUAUUCAUUUUAUUAUUAUUAUUAUUAUGAUGAUGAUGAAACAAGCUCGUUCUAAAUGUAUUGACUGCUGUUUUAAAAAAUGGGGGAUUCAUUUUUUCGUCGUCGUGUGUGUGUGUGUGUGUGUCUAUGUGUGUGUGUGUGUUUGGGAUGACGUUGUGUAAUCAUUUGAUUUGUCGAACACUGGACUUGGGGGGUGAAAUUUCGUACAUUUCAUAGAUGAGAGAGAGUUGUUUUUGACAGACAUAAAACUGCACACCAUCCUGACAGAUAUACCCUUCCGAGUGUACAAUACAUGUCUAAUACACACUUCAAAUAUUACCAUAGGACUUCUAUACAACAUAUAAGCAAAUCAUUUAUUUUAUAUUGCUUCAAACUGCUGCGUUCAUUUGAGCAUGAGUAACCAGUGCCCCAAGAUCCUUUCUCUUUUCUACCCAAAUUGUUGCAGGAAAGGAAACCAGUAAAAUGGAGAGUUAAGUCAAGUUGGAACGUUUUGAUUUGGAAUCAAAAUGGCGGGCCCCUUGGCAGCAAUCCAGCAAUCAAUAUCACCUGGGAGGGUAUUGCUGUACAGCAGAUGUAACAUGUAGUCUUGUUAAAGCCAAACACCACUUCCCAAAACCAGAAAGAGAUUUGCACUAAACAUUUUUGGUCGAAUGACUUUUUUUUUCCUAUCAAAAGCAAUAUAAUUCAGAUCAGUUAACACAUUUUUAAGAACAUGAAGGUCAUCUGCCCCGACAGUAAUGCUGAUGAAAUGUUUAAAAGAGAGUUUGGAGCAUUUGAGCCUUCUUGAAUAAUGGUACAAUAUUUGGACAUUUCUGCCUUUUGAUUGCACUUGAACUUGGAAUUCGGUAUGUUGUUCGGAGGAGUUUUCUACUCAGUACGUACCCCUUAGUACUUCUGUUGUCCAAAUUCGAGGGGGCAUUACCACUGUUCUGAUUGGCUAAGCUUGUUCUUUAUCCUCGUGUGAUGUUUUUUGGACAAAUCAAGCGGCUCGUUACCCAGAGAGAGACAGGCAAGGAGAGAGGAAGGACCCAUGUCUAAAGUAUCUUCAUCACAAGGCCAGUCGUGAAGAUACUUGAUAAACUCUAUCAAACAAGAUACACCCUACCAUGUCAAUGUCUGCCCAUACACCUUCAUGUUCACACUAUUGUAUCACGUUGAAGCAGAUUUGGUAUAUUUUAUGUUUUUAUUUGUUUGUUUUAUAUCUUUAUUUUUUGGGAUGACACAAAAUGCUUUAAAAGUAAAACCAUGUAUGAAAUGCUUUUGAGAGAACAUAGAUUCAUAAUGCACCUUUUUUUUGUAACGCACGCCACUGUGCUGUGUAGAGAACUUGUGUCCAUCAGUCCCCAGCAUCCCUUUGGCAAAUUCAACUGCUAUGGUCAAUCGAUGACGCGCGUAACCGCAGAGGGUGAUAAUAUUGAACCAGUUUAUUUUAUUUUCUCUGUCGAUCGAUACGUGUACAACAUUCAAAACAUUCGCCAUGUUCUUUUUAAUCUGACCGUAGUAGCUUGUCCCGUCCCCCCCUUGGCCCUGUGGUGUGCUGAGAGAUGUGGCGGUCUGUUUAAAUAUGUCGCGUGUUAGAGGAAGCAUAAGUACGUGCCUUCUUGUAAUAUCCUUGGUGAGCUCGUUAUUAUUGAGAAGCUGAAGCCAGCCAAUUGUGUUUGCACUAAAAACCAAAUUGCUUUUUGUGAUGUAGACUAUUUAAGCAAGCUUGUUGCGUCACUUUAACCGUUCAGUAUGCAUGAGGGUGAAAUUGGUUAAGUCUAGGGCUAGAGCUCAUCUGUUUGACCUGUAAACCAGUGCAGCUUAGAGGAUCUUGUGAAUAUAUCUUGGCUUAGUUUCGCAUUCAGUUUUAAAUUCCAUCCUUUUUUGAAUAAUCGCUUCACAUGUUGUCAUUUACCAAUCUCCACAGUUUAAAAAAAAUGGAAAAAAAGAAAAAGAAAGAGAAAGCAAAUAACACACUCACAGUGAAUACAGUUUUUUUUUGUACCGUACGCCAUGGCUGGACAACCACACAUCUGUACUAGAGAUGCUCUUGUCUCUGUAACCAUGGGAACACAACCACACAUCUGUACUAGAGAUGCUCUCGUCUCUGUAACCAUGGGAACGCAUGAGGUCGCCUCAAGACUAUUGGUUCUAAUUCAUUUAGAUUUUGUUUUUGAAAAAAAAAAACGAAAGAAAAAAAACAUGUGUAUUUAUUACUUAUUAUUAUUUUUGUUGACAUCUAAGAGGAAGCCCGACAUGCUUUGAGUCUUAAAAUGCACCUUAUUCAUGUGUGAAUAGGCUGGCCUAGUAAUAUCUGAUUUAGCACCUUACCCCACAGCAUGUUUUUACACUUUAUGCCAGUUUAAAUAUUCUUCCAUCCGUAUUCUUUCUAAAAGAAUUAUUUUAAUAUUUUGUGAAAUUGUUUAAAGGGAUGUGCCAAAGUUUGGAGGCGAUCUCCCCCCAAGUGUUGGUAUCAUUCCCCCCCUUUCUUGAGUUAUAGCAAUGGUAUGUCCCACCUUUCCUCUAACAGUGUGUGGAAGCAAGCUAUUACAGCAAACAGUAUCAUUAUUGUCCUUUUACAAUAAGCCCUGUAUUUCACAUAUAUUUACCAGUGAUGUGUAUUUGUUAUUAUAAAGAAAAUAGCCGUAAAGCUUCAUUAUGUUACAUAAUAUUGUGACUUUUUUCGAAAAACUGUGAAGACUUAUCUUGCAUAUACUUUAUACAGAAGUAUUAAGCCUUAAUACAAAAUACUAAAAAAAGUGUGGAAGAAUAAACUGAUUGUUGCUAAGUAAGGAUGAUUUUUGUAAAUGUUACCAGCACUUUUUUUGUAAUUUUCACCCACUGAGGUAUUGUACAAGUUCGAGCUGUUUGUGAAGUUUGAUUAUGAAGGAAUAAAAACCAGUACUUUCCUGUACUUCACACAACGUUA